GUAAGUUUGAUUAAAAGCGAUUGGAAAACAGAACGUUUUACGCUUUAAACGUUUAUAUUUUUCUUUUUAUAUUCAAUCGAUCUUUUUUUUCAACAGAUAGGAAAAUGUUUCGAUAUACUGCACAUGACAUAAAUAAGAAAUUAAGAACAAGCGAUAUAAAGAUACAAGAAAAUGUUACAUUUUUGGAAAUGGGGCUUCCAGAAAAAAUUAUGGAUGGAUUGUCAUUUGCUGGAUUUGAGCGACCAUCUCCUAUACAGUUAAAAGCUAUUCCUAUAGGACGCUGUGGAUUUGAUUUAAUAUUACGUGCAAAAUCAGGAACUGGAAAGACAGCUGUGUUUGGUAUUAUAGCUUUGGAAAUUUUAGAUAUUCAAAUAUCAUCUCCGCAAGUCUUAAUAGUAGCACCUACCAGAGAGAUAGCUAUUCAAAUAUCUAAUGUUCUUAAAACAAUAGGUUCAGAAAUAAAAGGAUUAAAAGUUGAAUAUUUUGUGGGAGGAUUGUCUGUGGAAGAUGAUAAGAAAAGACUGAAUGAGUGCCAUGUAGCAGUUGGCGCCCCAGGUAGAAUUAAGCAUUUAAUUGAUAAGAAACUGCUUAAGGUUUCAACUGUUAGGUUAUUUGUCCUUGAUGAGGCAGACAAAUUAAUGGAAACAAACUUUCAAAAAGAUAUCAAUUAUAUAUUUUCCAAAUUGUCAUUAAACAAACAAGUUAUAGCUUCGAGUGCUACUUAUCCUGGAGAUUUAGAAAAGUUUUUAGAAAUGUAUAUGUGCUCACCAGUGUUAAUAUCACCAGAUCUUGAUGGACCAAUUCUAGUCGGAAUUAAACAAUUUUUGGUGGUGGUUUCUUCACAUCUUAAUGCCAUGAAACAGGUACAAAUAAAAGUGGACGAGUUGCAGAAAAUAUUUACAAAAAUACCAUUUAAGCAAUCUCUAGUUUUCUCAAAUUACCAAUCACGAGCUCAAUCGGUCAGCAAUAAACUUAAUUCUAUGGGCUUUUCAUCCACAUACAUCAUUGGAAGUCAGGAUAUGGCCAAGAGGUUGGAAAUAAUGGAAAAAUUGAGGAAUUUUAAUUGUAGAAUUUUGAUGACCACGGAUUUAACUGCGAGAGGCAUCGAUGUAGAAAAUGUUAACUUGGUUAUAAAUUUGGAUAUACCUAUGGAUGCAGCAACAUAUUUACAUAGAAUUGGCAGAGCUGGACGUUAUGGAACCCACGGAAUUUCCAUCACAAUUGUCUCUGAAAACGAGCUUCAAUCGUUUAGAGAAUUAUUAAUCUCGGUUGGUGGACCAAACUUUUAUCUGUUCAAACUCGGUCCUGAUUAUGUGGAAGAUGUAUGGGCUGACAAUAUUACAGUUUUCGAGAAAGUCUACUCGAAGCCCGAGGCAAAUGGCACAGAGCUUUCAGAUAUUGACAAAGGAAUUCUUGAAUCUGAAAACGGCACACCUAUGGCGAUACUUACAUCAGAAAACACAACGUUCUCAACGUCCUCUUACAACAGUAAACAUAUUGACACAAAUACAUGUUCGUUGGAAAAUAGCGGUACAAAUAAUACUGCUAAUCUUAGUAACGGUAAUCAAAACAAAUCUAAAAGUAUCUUGUCAAAGGAUAAAAAGUGCGAUAAAGCUAUCACGAAUGAAACAUAUACGAAACGAAAAAAAUUCUAUUUGGAUGACAAAAGAAAGCUGUUUUAUAAUAAACAUAAUAUUAGCAAAGUCGAUGUCCAGCAAUCUGACGAAUUUGAAAAACGAGAAGAAGCAUCAGUUAUAGAACCUAUUCUUCCAGAUCUAUCCAGCUCAGAAAAAAUGUUCAGGUUUACAGUAAAAUCUCAUACGGACGAACUUUCUGUUUUGGAGAAAUUAAACGAAAAUGUUGUUCUUGAAACGAAUCUCUUAAGUAUUGAAGAUCGUGAAUUAUCUGACGAUGAAAUCAAGCAAAUUUGCGGAUGUAUAAGUAUCCCAACAGCUGACAAGAAAGAGGAGAGUGAUAUAUUAUCUGCUGUCAUGACUGAUAAUAACGUUAUUUCUAUGUCUCAGGAAAUAGCUCAGGAUAAGUGUUCCUUAAAGAAUUCCGAUUUAGAGCAUUGUGCGAAAUUGAACACAGAGGAAUUGGAUGCUAGAUCUCGAGAACGGAAUAAAUUGUACGAUUAUCUAUCGAAAUGUAUUGAAGAAUUCAAUGAAACCGAUGAGACUCCGUUGGCAGCAGCUACUAGAUGGAAGGAUAAACUUCAUUUCGAAAUUGAAUUAUUAAAUAAUAUGUUUAAGAAUAUGACUGAUUCUAUACAUAAACUGGUUUACGAGGAGCACUAUUCUGCGUUUAUACAUUUUUUCAGUAUGCAGAAGCGAGCAUUCUUAUGCAUUUUUCCGGAACUGCGCACCGAGGAAGAAGUGAACGAUACAUAUGUAUAUUCGGGGCUUAAUUCGAAUAACAAUUUAUUGGAUAUGUACAGGGAGAUAGAAGAAUUCAAGAGCCGCUUUGAGGAAUCGAGAAGCAAAUUUAACGCGCAUUUUCCUUAUCCUACAAACGCCGAUGAACACUUGCCAAAUUUGAUGAUGUCCGAUUCCGAGAUUGAAGAAUACCGUAAAGCAUUACGAUAUUUUAAGGAAUACAAAGAUCCUAACGAGAAACUGUCAGAAAUAUUGGACUACAUAGUGUUUCUGAGCGAAACGGAGAAGUGCGAUUUGAUGCAAAAGAUAAAAGAUCAAAAUUUAUCUUUUUCGGAUAUGAAGGAGUUUCUCAAGGAAGAAACCAUGAAAAACGAUUCAAAACGGGUCGAGCUAAGCGAAGAUGAUGUACAACAGUUUGAAAAUUCGGACGAUGACACCGAACAACACGAAACGACUGCUGAGGUAGAUGCAUCGAGAAUAAAAAUAGAAUAUGAAAACUGUUCGCGGAAAGUACAGAACACUCGUCCUGGCGAAGUUGUAGACGACGACCAAGGUAGACAUGAGCCAGACGAUAUGAAGAACGAUACUUCUACCGAUAUAAUUAUCGGCCAUCUAAACGACAGUAAGAUGUUAUCACCAACGGAAAUGCGAGAAAACGGAGCAUCAUCGUCAGUAUCGUUUAAUAAUGACGAGGUUUCGAAUACCGACAAGGAUGUGUUUAAUUGUUCGCAAAGAGCAAAGUUUAUGAGCAAUGUCAGGCGGAAGACUAGUCAGAGCGAUACCAAGAGCAACGUGUCAACCAAAUACACACCUGUACAAACGAAUAACGUUCUUUACAAUAACAUGAGCGAGUUGCAUGGAAAAUUAGAUAAACACGUGAUGAGUAAUAUGGACACGAAUAAAUCAGCUGAUGUAAAUCUUUAUUCGAAGAUGCCGGCUUCACAUGCAGCUGAAAACACGAAGACAGCUUUCCCAGGACGUUCACUGGAUUCGACCGCUCGAUUGUCUCAUCCGCGAGUUUCAGAUUAUGCUACUUUGAACUCGUGCGCAGAUAAUCGCGAUUUUAACAUCGAUCGAAAGUUUUCAGAUUGCGAGUAUGCAAAGGAGGAAGAGACGAGUUUGUUGGACCAAAUCGGCCGCUUCUCUUCACACACCGAAUACGCGACCAACCACUAUUUUCCACAUAUGCACGACAAAACGUCUUGGUAUUCGGUACGUAAGGAUACCUCUAAUCAUCAUGAAGAAUCACCGAAGACUCGUGGACUCGACGACUUGGCAUACAAUAACGUUUACCUGCAGAACAUGGACGUCGACAGAUUCCUGUCGUCGCUAAGAAUGCAAACCAAUCAGUUACAUCUACAAAUCUAUCAGUCGCAGAUGCUUGAGAAUUGGAUUUCGUACGAAGAAUAAUUGCAACCACGCUGACGGUUAACCUGGGAUCGCUUGAAAAGAUCGCAAAAUCUCUGGAUCGGCUAUUCACUUAGGGGUCGAGCUUUUUCUUCGUCAAUGUGUUCUCGAUGAGGUUCCACAAGACGAUCGUUUCUUUGUUGACUUUUGGCAAAAGCAUCGAUUGACGGGGAGCAAUAUCUAGAAAAUUGAAUAAGUAAUGAUUAUUUGUAGUGAUUAAGAGAAAAAUGAUUUUUCACGCCCUUAAUCACUACAAAUCGAGAAAACCGAAGAAGAUGUAAUCAAAAGACUAAGUUGGAGUGGAUACUCAUUGUUGGAAAGAAGAACGAUGUGCGAGAUUGUCAAGUUUUACUUAAUGGAAUGAACAACGAUUAUACUUCCUGAUUGAACGAUUGAACGGAUGAUUAUAUAAAGCGUACUGUCUCUCAGCAGAAACGAAUAUCUAUCAGAAGAGGGAAGAAGACAAAAGCAAAAAAUCAUUAGAUUCGACUUGACAAUACGAACGAUUCCGGAGUUUUAGAGCGCAGCGGUAGAGCGACAACGUGGUGGCACCGCGGACACAUUUUCGUCAGCGGGUCCGCGAGUUCUCACGAUGUGCGCGUAUGAUCAAGCGGCGAGAAAUGACAUGUGAAUCGAUCGAUAGCGAAAGGUCACGCAUCGGCGGCACUUAACACGCACCGGGGAGACGGCGAAGUGUGUGCCGCGGGUAACCUUUCUCUAACGAUUCGACGCUACCUGCGCUUAUGCAAUUCGAUCGAUCCUUUACGAUUAAGUCUCGUAUUAGUCUUAUCGAUCGAACAUUAUCGGGUGUACACUAGUCUCUCGUCGAUUACCAUUCGCUGUCUGCCAGCGGUAAUUUAAUUGUACGUAUGUACGUUGUUUUCUUACAAGAAUACUGAGAUAGCGAUCUGUGUGAAUAUUGUAACAUGUGUAAAUACGUACGCGGUGUGCGUUUGCGAAUUUCAAGUGUGAGGUGAUUGCGAAAAGAGGAGGACGAAUGAUCGUUUAUGUUGUCGUUUUGCGUUAAUUUUUCUGAUAUAUGUGAUUUUUUAUUUAUGCGGUAAUCUACGCAUUGAGUAGUUGAAUGAACGAUGAAAGCAAUCAUGUUUGUGUAAUAAAGCUAAUGCAAAAGAGAAAGA